CCUCUUGAAGCCCUUGCCUGGGCUCCCACAGGCCCUGGGCAGGGACACGGGGGGCCCUGGAGUAACCUCCACCCCCACCCACGCGGAGAAGAAAGUGUCCCACAGUCGGGGCUGUGCAGGGCGCAGGAGCGAUGUCAGCUGGUGGUCUGUGAAGCGCCCACCAUGGCCCGGUCCCUGACGUGGGGCUGCUGUCCCUGGUGCCUGACGGAGGAGGAGAAGACUGCCGCCAGAAUUGACCAGGAGAUCAACAAGAUUUUGUUGGAACAGAAAAAACAAGAGCGCGGGGAAUUGAAACUCCUGCUGUUAGGACCCGGUGAGAGUGGGAAAAGCACGUUUAUCAAGCAAAUGCGCAUCAUUCAUGGUGUGGGCUACUCUGAGGAGGACCGCAGAGCCUUUCGGCUGCUCGUCUACCAGAACAUCUUCGUCUCCAUGCAGGCCAUGAUCGAAGCAAUGGACCGGCUGCAGAUACCCUUCAGCAGGCCUGACAGCAAGCAGCAUGCCAGCCUGGUGAUGACUCAGGAUCCCUAUAAAGUGAGCGCGUUUGAGAAACCGUACGCAGCGGCCAUGCAGUACCUGUGGCGGGACGCAGGCAUCCGUGCGUGCUACGAGCGCAGGCGUGAAUUCCACCUGCUGGACUCCGCGGUGUACUACCUGUCACACCUGGAGCGCAUCUCCGAGGACGGCUACAUCCCCACUGCGCAAGACGUGCUGCGGAGUCGCAUGCCCACCACAGGCAUCAAUGAAUACUGCUUCUCCGUGCAGAAAACCAAACUGCGCAUCGUGGAUGUUGGUGGCCAGAAGUCAGAACGUAAAAAAUGGAUCCACUGUUUUGAGAAUGUGAUCGCUCUCAUCUACCUGGCCUCACUGAGCGAGUAUGACCAGUGCCUGGAGGAGAAUGAUCAGGAGAACCGCAUGAAGGAGAGCCUCGCUCUGUUCAGCACGAUCCUCGAACUGCCCUGGUUCAAGAGCACCUCAGUCAUCCUCUUCCUCAACAAGACGGACAUCUUGGAGGAUAAGAUCCACUCCUCCCACCUGGCCACGUAUUUCCCCAGCUUCCAGGGACCCCGGCGGGACGCAGAGGCCGCCAAGCGCUUCAUCUUGGACAUGUACGCGCGCGUGUACGCGAGCUGCGCAGAGCCCCACGACGGCGGCAGGAAGGGCUCCCGCGCGCGCCGCCUCUUCGCACACUUCACCUGUGCCACGGACACGCACAGCGUCCGCAGCGUGUUCAAGGACGUGCGGGACUCGGUGCUGGCCCGGUACCUGGACGAGAUCAACCUGCUGUGACGCGGGGAACCCCAAGCAGGACAUCCCUGCGGGACGCGGUCGUGGCGAGGACGCGGCGCCCCCUGGUGGCCACGAGCGGAACUGCGGGUCGAGGAGCCGCCAACUGGGCGAGCCGGCCCAUAGGCGAGUUCCCCUGUUCCCCACGGGCCUCCAAGCCCAGCCCCUCUGUAAUUUAUUCCCUCACCCUCCUAGUUGUUAGAAAACGGACGUCAGCCGGGCCUUUAACCCCAGCGCUCCGGAGGCAAAAGCAGCAGGAUCUCUGUGAGUUCCAGGACCCUGUGCCAACAAAACAACAAACAAACAAAACUGGAGAGAACUGUCCCUGUCCGGGCCUUGUGACUUCCCAGGGGCCCUGUCCCCGUCCUCCAGUGGGCCUCACACUGGGUGAGUGAAGUGAGUAAGGGAGGAAGUUUUACUUGGACGGAGGUUGACUCCAGCUAAAGAUUGAUUUUUGAGGC